GCAGGACUACGAGCGGCGCACGUCGCAGAGAAGCCCGCCGCGAUCUGGGCUCGGUAUGGUGCAAGGGAUGGCGAAGGCCAAGCCGCGCCUGGGCAGUGUCUUUGCGGGCGGCAGCGACGACGAGGGCCCCGAAUACGUUGGCAGUGCUGCCUGGUUUUCCUUCCCGGAGCUGGGGGAGGACGCCCACAGCAGCCCAGCCCGCAGCCCGCAGCGGCUGGUUGGAGUCGAGGCGGUGGCGGGGCCAGCUUAUGCGCAGCCCAGCGACGAGGCGAUCUGUGAGUUCAUGACUAAGUGGAACCUGGACGAGCGGUGCGAGCGGUCGCUGCGCAGUUUGAGCCCGCGGCAGCAGCACGAGAUCAUGGCGAAUUUCGCCCCGUCGGAGAACUCCAAGAACACCAGCGCAAAGUUCCUCCUCUGGCUCAGCCCGCGUCUUCAGCAGGUGGAGGGCCGGCCCCCCGUGACGCCCGACGAGCUCAGGCACUUCGCCGACAAGUGGGGCCUCGACAUGCGGUCGCGGCGCAUCCUGGAGGAGCUGCCGCCCGUGGUGCAGUGCCAGGUGCUCACCUCCUUCCAGCCCCCGCCUGGCACCGAGAACGUAGACGCGAAGCUGCUGUCCUUCGCUAGGCUGCAGGUCUACCGCGCCGCUGCCCGCGGCCGCCGCCGCAAGGGCGCGGUGGUCCCGCAGGAGCGGGGCCGGCCUCCCGCGCCGGGCGGCGCGGAGGAGGCCGAGCGGGAGGCGUCGCCGUUCGUGGUGCACAGGGACACGGGCUCCCCUGAGCCGCCUCGCCGCGGCCGCGCCGCGCCUGCGGGUCGCCGUGGGCCGUGCCUGGCGCCACCACCGGGCACGCUUGUUGCGCCUGGUCCGCAAGGGCCGCAGGGUGUAUGGUGGCCACAGAACCUCCCGCAGGCCAGCUGGAGUGCAGGUGCGCCGCCGCCGGCGGCGGAACGGCUUUGGCGGGGAGAGCGCGCCGAGGACGCCCUGCCCUGGGCCCCCCCGCGCGGGCCGCCGCAGCUCGCCCCCGCGCUCCUGCCCCCGCCGCCCCAGUGGCUGGCCGGGCCACCGGCGCUGCCGCAGGCGCUGCCGCAGACGCUGGCCGCCCCGCCGGCGGCGCCGCCGCCCUGCUUUCCCAACGAGACGGUCCGGGCGUUCGUGGAGCACUGGGGCCUGGACGAGAAGUGCGUGCAGAGCCUCCUGCAGCUGCCUGCGCCGCAGCAGCAAGCCGUCAUGUCGGGCUUCAACCCGUCAAAGAAGACGUCGAACGUGAACAAGACACGAUGGCCUUCUCCCGUGGCAAGGCGCAAGAUGUGAAGUACCCUCGCUUUCCGCCAGGUUCGGCCGGGCCUCGGACGGGCCAUCAGCCCGACCUCAUUUUUUUAGCCUGAGCAGGUUUCUUGUGCGCUCGCCCGGCGGGCAUGCGCGUUUGCUCCGGGCCAGGACAAGGGCCCUUCUGCGAGCGAUAGGCUUACUUGGUGGCGCGGGCAAGGGGGUAGGGGGAGCGGGCGGCUCACUGCGGCACACGGCCACGCUUGCGUUUCGCAGGGGGCAUGCUAUGCCCUGCUGAACUGAGCGCGUGGCGGUGUCGCGCUUCGUUGCGGAGCCGUCGGGAGUGACGAUGGGAAG